UAUGGUUAACCGUCAUCGACGGCAGCGCUCGCGUCACAAGGCUGCCACUGAGCGCCAAGCUCUAAAUUUCUUUGACAACACGCAGCAUGGUUCACACUAGCCUGGGGAAUUCCGAGUCGAUUUCCCUGCGACACUGGUGUACUAACUAUAGCAAAGUUCUCUCCUUGAUGAAAGACGCCGAAGAGCAGCCUCACCAUAUCAGAUGUGACCUACAAUAGUACAAUCAAUCAUAAUUCUGGAGCGUGAGCAGCGCCUCAUCAUAUGAACACCCUCUCUCAUCCCAACCAUCGUUUUCGCCAUGGCUUCAACAGGAAUCACGAUAGAUGAGGCUACCCUGAUUUCCACAGUGCUGGAAGGCAUUUUAUACGGCUUUUCAGUUCUCAUGUUCAUGGGUACCAUCUGGGCAUUGGCCCACAAACAUGGCCCACGGGACAUCAAUCGCCCGAUGACUGUGGUCGCAAUACUGUUGUUGAUACUGAGUACCGCACACAUGGUAGUGGACAUCAUUCGUCUCGAAGACGGACUGGUGAGGUAUCGUGACACGUUCCCCGGCGGACCAGUGGUAUUCUUCCAAGAUAUUAGUCAAAAAACUUAUGUGACUCAGAAUGCAAUAUACGCCUUGCAAACACUGCUUGGCGAUGGGGUGGUGAUCUAUCGCUGUCAUGUCGUUUGGCGAUCCGUGUGGGUUAUCAUCCUACCAAGCAUGAUGUGGUGCGGCGCCGCAGUGUCUGGUACCGCUGCAGCCUACAAUGCUUUGCGGACGAUUGACGACGGAAACAUCUACACCAAUCAGACUGAACAAUGGGUCAUGGCGUUCUUUACCUUGACACUUUCAACUAAUUUGAUAAGUUCAGGAUUACUGGCAUAUCGUAUCUGGACAUUUGAACGCAAUCUCUCUGCAAUCCGUGCUAGCACGAGUGGUACUUUGAUGCAUAUAGUGCGCGUGCUUGUGGAUGCCGCUUUACUAUACUCUGCGGCGCUCUUGCCCAUGCUAAUAUGCUUCAUUCGGUCAAAUAAUGCACAGUAUGUUAUAGCAGACAUGAUGACGCCGAUAAUCUCGGUUACCUUCUACAUGGUACUUAUUCGCAUCGCAAUCGGGAACAUCACCUACGAUUACCCCCCAACAAUCUGUGGUGCGGCAAUCAGUGAGAUUGACAGGGGAAACCAAUAUUUUAUGAAGCCUUCGCAGGUUCGCAUAUCCCAGUCAGCACGCAAUGACACAUCGUAUAGAGUGGGAAGUCAGGAAAGAACAUUGAUAUGGAAGACGGAGACCAUGGAAGGAACAUCUUGCAAUGUAUAGUCAGCCUGAAAAAGUAAACUGCAGCUCUAUGUAGUUGGAAGGGUGCUCGCAGCAAAUCGCAA